CUCUUGUGCUUCUCCAGAUGUGCGGAUGGAUAUAUGGGGCAACGAUGCGAGUUCAAGGACCUCGACGGAACCUAUUUGCCCACAAGGCAGCGAGUGCUGAUCGAGACGGCAAGCAUCGCAGGUGGCGUCACGGUGGCAGUCAUACUUGUCUUUAUAGUCUGCGUCACGGUGUACUUGUACUAUCGGCGUAGGAAAGACAAGACAUACUUUGACGUUCCAGAUGAGCCGAAGCUCUUCUUCUGCGACAGGAAGAAGACAACCGCUCCACAGCCACAGCUCGUCCUUAGACAGAGUGACCUCGAGCAAGGCAGGGGAACACACAUGUGCGAAGAUGGCCAGCGUUCCAGCAGCUAGGAGUGCAGUGGCAUCCACUCUUCUAGUUGCAGGCUACUGCUGCCAGUGUCUGUAGUGCAGCGCUCACCGCAUUCUGCCAGUCGUCCAUCCUGUUCCACAGAGGGUGUGAUGACAUAUGCUGGACCUUCUCCUGCCUAACGCCUGCCCUCACCCCUUCCUCAUCUUCGAGACAAGGACAUUGUUGCUCUGCUAUGUUUAUUUAAGCUUCAAAAGACGUCUGGACUGUGCUAGCUGCCCCAGCAGCGGAAAAAGGGAAAGCGUGGUGUGUUGUUUGGCAGGGCUUUGUGUGUUUGUGUGUGUGGAACUGCAGGAACUUCCCUCGUGCUUUUUUUUUUUUUUUUUUGCGCACACGCCUGUUUUAAUUAAUCCCCAUUGUUGUGACUGUCACUGCAGUGCAUUCAGCAGCCUCCUUGCCUUCCGCCUUCUCGCCCGCUACCCCACCUGCCUGGCUGCUUGCUACAUCCCGAUGACUGAUAUUGUUGUCGUAAAGUGCUUGUUGUAGGUUUCCAAAGACACUGCUGUUCAUUCUCGUUCCAUCAUGUAUACAUGGCAUUUUGACAACAUUCCCGGGGCUGCCACUGCUGUGGAGGAAAGCCAACUUCACUGGAUUUGACCGGGCGUGACAUACUUUGUUUUGCAUCUUUUCAUUCUUUUUUCUGCUUUCCUUUCACCCCUUCUCCAUUCACUUGUUUUCUCUCAUGGGUUGUUAACUUAAACACCUUGUUUGCCAUUCUCCCCCUGAUGGACACAAGAAUGCCAUCGGUCCCCAUACCCCACCCCUUGUUUCUUCACCUUGUUUUGUUCUUUUGCUAAAACUUUGUUGUGUUCUUUGUUUGUCACUUCCUCAUGCUGCAUGGGUUUGGAAGCCUUGAAGACAGCAUCACUGUGAUGCCUGUCUUUUCCAGGACACUUGCUUCUGCCGCCAUUAUGUUGAUGAUAGUGUGGCAUCGUAGAUUCCACUUGGCAACUUUUUGGUGGCUGUUGUGUUGAUUGUGUGUGCAUGUGUGUGUGUAGAUAGUGUACAUAAUGUGCAACUCUCUUACUGGAAAAAGAAAAGGCAAAAAAAAAGUGCUAUGUUUCCUCGUUGGCUCGUCGUCUGUUGUCUGCCCCCCCCCCUCCCCCCCCCUUUUUUUUUCUACUCUUGUCACCACAUUGAGCCAGCUUUGUUGAGGAUGGAGAGCUCUGGUUCAGACAAUAUUGAAGAAUGGCUGUGUGUACUGGUGAAUUUGUAUUUUAUCUCAAAUUAUAAGCAGGUAUAAUUUACUUGGCUUCAGUGGAUCUAGUAGGUCCUGCACACCUAACACUGCCCAGUGCACUGAGUCAGAGCACUGCUUAUAUUUGGGUUUUAGAUAGCCAAAAAUAUGUCGCGACGCAGUGCAUGUGCACUAAAACGCACAAUAUUUUUUCAAUUUGUAACACCGAGUACUUAAAAUCUUUUUUUUAUAUUUUAUUUCUGCUUUUUGGGUGCUCUUCUUAAUCCAGUGAGCUGUAGAUGACAUUUUGGGACACUGUGUGGGCCCUAGAGUCCGUCCUUCAUGUAUCGUGGUGGCCAAGGGAAAAAAAAAAUUGUCACUGAAUGUUCCAGUCACCACAAAAGGAAAUGCAGCUUACGUGGUCCUCAUUGAAUUUUACCCAGGUUUUGGAAGUAAGUUUUGGGUAAUAAAAUAUGUACAUUUUAAGACUAUUAAUUCACUAGACAGUGGGGCCCUUUUUUAAUGAGCUUGUCCAACAUGAAUUGCUAUUCUGACAUGGUGAGCAGCUUAUGUGGUCCUCAUUCAAUUUUACCAGGUAUUGGAAGUAAGUUUUGGGUAAUAUGUAGAUUUUAAGACCAUUAAUUCACUAGACAAUGGGCCCAUUUUUUUAAUGAACUUGUCCAACAUGAAUUGCUAUUCUGACAUGGUGAAAUUUCCUCUAAGUUAGCAGUUCAUGGUACAAUUUAGAACAAGAGCUGAUAUGGCAUGCAUUCUUGAACAGGCAUUUAUCUUUAUUAUUUACCAGCAACAAGAUGUACAUUUGCAUCAUUCUCAGCCUUGGUUGAUGAUGCUAAACUGGGACAUAAUGAAGGGGUUUCUCUUAGAAGGUAAUUCUGGUGCUCAGAAACUCGGCUGAAAAUGGUGACCAGAGCCUCUUCAGUGUUUUACAGGCUUGUUUUCUGUUAAGGUGUGAGAAUUGUACAGCCUUAUGAGUAUGACCAAUUGCUAUAUUAUUAUUAUGGUUAUAACUAUUUGUGCAUUGCAAGGGCAGAUGCACUAUUAAGAGCGAAUCUCUUGCUGCCUGUUCUUCCAGUUCCUAUUAUCGUUAGGCCCUUAUUUUUUCUAUUGUAUUCGAGUGGUUCACCACAGCUUGUUGACGAGCCUACGAGGCAAACGUAAAAGUGCUUUCUUCUUUUUUCUUUUCCCCCUCUUCCUUUGUUAACAUGUAGAGAACAUUUUUCAAACCAGACUUGACCCAGUGAUGCAUUUUGGGACGUUUGUUUCUAAUGCUAGUGCUUGAACUUUGGCAAUGCUGCAUUUACCAGGGGCUUUGAAUCUCGGGUGCUUGCUCGGUCUCUACUUUGUGCAACCCAGGCACAUGGGAGCUGUUGUGUUAGUUUCAUUUGUUUACUUUUCUUUGCAUAUGGUUGUUGCCUGCUGAGAAGCCGUUGUGCAUUUGGAGGUUGAAUUUUCUUGCAGAAUGAAAUCUCAAGGAUGUUAGGGGGGAAGGGGGGGGGGGGGGUCAAUCACACGAUGCUGUAGCGUUUGUUGCAUCAAGUUCUUGUGACUUAUUUCACGAGGCACUGCACAUUGGCAUACUUUAAGUAGAGAAUUUUGUAGCUGUGCAUAUUACAUAGAAAUUAGGUUUCCUGACCUCAUCAGACAUGGCAUUAAGCAUGAAGUCUGUAGUGUCGUUGCACGCAAGGAAGUUAAGGAAUUGUUUUACAACAGUGGCAGUGUCCAGUGCCUUGUGCGACACAUUUCACUGCUGCAUUUUCUGUGUUAUGUAGCAGACUCUGUUGUUGGACUGUUUUCAUAAAGCUUGCACGAGCAUGUUGUGCACGAAAUGCUUUUGGGGACACAACAGGAUGGAAUUGUUUCAGGAAUAGUUAGGUUUAAUGUUCUUGCGGUGCCCUAUUAUGCUGCACUUAUAUAGAGUACAGCACUGGUUUUCAAGAUGUGUUAUUACAAUAGGAAAAUUAUUUCGAACUGCUUGUAAUCAUUCAAGUAUAGUAAUCCACUGCAUUGCGUAGCUGUAGUAUAUCGCAGAGCAGGUAUUGAUGUUUGCGUUCAUAAACUAUAUGUUAAAAUUGCUUAAUGCUUGGUAGGAGCUUGACAGCUUGUGUAGGUUAAAGCCCAAGCCUGCUGUUUUUGUGCCCAAUGGCAGUGAACAAGUUCACUUUAAACGAAAGAUUCAAUGUUUUAUCACUGUUGAUCACCUUGCAUAAUAUAAUUAGUCCUAUCUAGUUCUUGGUCUACAGAGCUCUGAUAGAAACAAAAUAAGAAACUGAAAAGCACACCACCAUCUGCCUCCCUAUUGAGAGCCCAGAUUGGCAGGCAUACAAGUACACAUCUCUAUCUAGUCCUCUCUAUUUAUCAGUGGUCUGCUUUGAAAACGCUUUGUAUGUUUAUAUUAGGUUACUGGAUGGUUGGUGCGGUUCUUGCCUCUCUGUCGAUGCUGCCCCACCUGUAUGAUCUUUCAAAUGUUCACGUUUGAUAGUGGCAUGUUGAGUAGCAACAUUCGUACCAAGCAAUGUUGCUUCAUAGUGCAGCUGCACCAACUGUUAGCUGACUUCAGCUGUGACGGCUGAGAAUGUGUCUUGUAAUUGGUAAGGUGAAAGUCUAUUUGAGUUGAGUUUUUAUGUCAGGAAACACUUGGUAGCAAUAUUGCAAUUGUUUGAAAAUGCUUCAACCCCUCCCCCUUCCUUGCAGUUUUUUUCUAUUGUUGCCAUGAUUGCACGAACACUGCUUUCCUGGACAAAGCUGCAAAGUUGUCACAUUACCUCGGUAUUUGCUGCUGAGAAGUAAGCCUGUAAGACUGAUUGCUAUUUUGGCUCCUUCUAGCUGAUGUGGAUGGAUUGGCAGAUUACACCGACCUGUCUUUAUAUUUGAUCUCUUCAACACAUGCGCCAUAGUUUGCCUCUAUUGAUUUGCUCCCAAAGCAUAAGCAAUUGAUGUGCCGGAAUUCUAUCCUGGUGGGGAAAAAAAUCAAGCUUGAUAAGUUCCCAUAUUGUUUUUGCAGAUGCAUUGUUACUUGUUCCCCUAUGGGGUUUCCCUCUUUUUCUUUUGUUCUGCAUGCAGUAUAAUGCAAGCCGGGUACAGUCUUAUUUGUUGAUGUUUAUAUGCAUCAGGGCAACCUUACUUUGUUGCUUCAGCUUCAUGCUUUGCUCUAUGCCAUGAGCAACUUUCCUGGAUACUUGCAGAUGAGACAAGUAAGAGAUAGCCAUUCAAAUAUGUGUGACAUGCCUGAGGGAUUGGUUUUUCCAUAAAGGGACUGCUGUUGAAACUGCACAUCACCAGAUAUUGGCAUUUCUUAGUAUACAUUCAUCCUCAGAUUUCUUUCUGGCAUUUGCCACUUUCUGCAUUUGGCACAGCUUUAGCUUACUGCUCUACAAAUUUUCUUUUUUCAUUCGCUAUACAUUGGCAAAAUCUACAAUGCCAACAAGAAUACUUUGACAUUCCUUCAAGCCAAUACUGGUCUGUAAAAGACUUCAGUGUAACCAGUUGUGCAGUCCUCAGGAGCGCACGCUGUGGUGCUUGAGCCACGCACUCUCUCUUAGUGUCUCGUCCAGGUCUCCCUCUCUGCUGCUUUCUCUGUAAUUUGCCUCAUACUGAGGGUUUUUAGACCAAAGCUGAUAUCGCGUCGUCUAGGUGCAUCGCGUCUUAUUUAUGAGGAAAGAGAAUACAAAACAAAAGUACUUGUGGAAGAGAAAUGUAGAUUUGUUGCGUCGGGUGCCUCGUGGUUCGAGGUCACAAAGAAAAAUAAAAAGUCACUUGUAACAAA